GUCCCCGCGGAGCCGCUGCCGGAGAACCCAGUUCCCCAGCAACUUUUCGCGGGCGCUUGGGCCGCCACCCAGGCGAGGACGGGACGUGGAGAUACGCGGCGGCGGCGGCGGCAGCGAGCCAGGGGCCGGCGGACGCUGCGCUCCCCCGCGAAGUCGGUGCCUGGCAGCGGGCCUGGCGGGCCACCCGGCGGAGGCGACUGCGCCAUGGACGAACCGCCCUUCAGCGAGGCGGCCCUGGAGCAGGCGCUGGCCGAGCCGUGCGACCUGGACGCCGCGCUGCUGACCGACAUCGAAGGUGCGUCAGGACCGGCCGGAAGGCCAGCAGGCCGGUACCUGGGCGCCCCGAGGGGGCGGCGGGGCGCAGGCCGGGAAGCCAUGGAUUGCACAUUCGAAGACAUGCUCCAGCUCAUCAACAACCAAGAUAGCGACUUCCCAGGCCUGUUUGAUCCUCCCUAUGCCGGGGGCCGGGCAGGCGACGCAGACCCUGGCAGCCCUGACGCCAGCUCCCCGGGCAACUUGUCUCCACCUUCUGCCUCCAUCAACUCCCCCUUUGAAGGCUUGUUGGGGACAGCCAAGGCCACACCCCCACCCUUAUCCCCUCCCCCGCCAGCCCCCACCCCAUUGAAGAUGUACCCAUCGUCAUCAUCAUCAUCAUCAUCAUCAUCAUCUUCAUCCUCAUCGUCAUCGCCAUCGUCAGUGUCAUCGUCGUCGUCUUUGUCGGUGUCUGCCUUUUCCCCUGGGCCAGGUAUCAAGGAGGAGCCCGUGCCGCUGACCAUCCUGCAGCCCCCCACUCCACAGCCCGUGCCCGGGGCCUUCCUGCCCCAGAGCUUUCCUAUCCCAGCCCCACCGCAGUUCAGCUCUGCACCUGUCCUGGGCUAUCCCAGCCCUCCUGGAGGCUUCUCGACAGGGACCCCUCCAGGGAGCACUCCACAGCCACUUCCUGGCCCACCGCUGGCUCCCCUGCCCGGAGUCCCUCCUGUCUCCCUUCACGCCCCGGUCCAGAGUGCGGCCCCCCAGCAGCUGUUGACAGCCACUGCAGCCCCCACAGCAGCGCCUGGCACCACCACUGUGACCUCCCAGAUCCAGCAGGUCCCGGUCCUGCUGCAGCCCCACUUCAUCAAGACAGACUCUCUGCUCCUGACCACCAUGAAGACAGACCUGGGGGCCACCGUGAAGACGACGGGACUCAGCCCCCUGGCCCCUGGCACGGCCAUGCAGACCGGGUCCUUGCAGACGCUGGUGAGCGGAGGCACCAUUCUGGCAACUGUGCCACUGGUCGUGGACGCUGACAAGCUGCCCAUCAACCGGCUGAUAGCCGGCGGCAAGGCCCUAGGUUCGGCCCAGAGCCGUGGGGAGAAGCGCACAGCCCAUAAUGCCAUCGAGAAACGCUACCGCUCCUCCAUCAAUGACAAGAUCAUUGAACUCAAGGACCUGGUAGUGGGCACGGAGGCAAAGCUGAAUAAGUCUGCCGUCUUGCGUAAGGCCAUUGACUACAUCCGCUUCCUACAACAGAGCAACCAGAAACUCAAGCAGGAGAACCUGAGUUUGCGCACCGCUGCCCAGAGAAGCAAAUCCCUGAAGGACCUGGUAUCAUCCACCUGUGGCCAUGGAGGGAAUGUGGACGUGCCCAUGGAGGGCAUGAAGCCUGAGGUGGUGGACACGCUGAGCCCGCCCCCCUCAGAUGCUGGCUCCCCGUCCCAGAGCAGCCCCCUGUCCCUGGGCGGCCGGAGCAGUGGCAGUGACUCAGAGCCCGACAGCCCAGCCUUUGAGGGCGCCCAGGUGAAGGCAGAGCAGCUGCUGUCCCCUCACCACCGAGGCCUGCUGGACCGCUCGCGCCUGGCCCUGUGCACGCUCGUCUUCCUCUGUCUCUCUUACAACCCCUUGGCCUCCCUGUUGGGCAGCAGAGGUGCGCCCAGCAACAUGGAUGCCACCAGCAUCUACCAUGGGCCCGGGCGCAGUAUGCUGGGCACCGAGGGCAGAGAUGGCCCUGGCUGGGCCUCCUGGCUGCUGCCACCGCUGCUCUGGCUGACUAACGGGCUGCUGGCGCUGCUCUUCCUGGCGCUGCUGUUUGUCUACGGGGAGCCAGUCACACGGCCACACUCGGGCCCAGCCGUGCACUUCUGGAGGCAUCGCAAACAGGCUGACCUGGACCUGGCCCGGGGUGACUUCGCUCAGGCUGCCCAGCAGCUGUGGCUGGCCCUGCAGGCGCUGGGUCGGCCUCUGCCCACCUCCCACUUCGACCUGGCCUGUAGCCUGCUCUGGAACCUCAUCCGCCACCUGCUGCAGCGUCUCUGGGUGGGCCGGUGGCUGGCUGGCCGGGCAGGGGGCCUGCAAAGGGACCGUGCUCUGCAGGCAGACGUUCGUGCCAGUGCCAGGGAUGCUGCCCUUGUCUACCACAAGCUGCACCAGCUGCACACCAUGGGGAAGUACUCUGGUGGACACCUCGCUGCCGCCAACCUGGCCCUGAGCGCCCUGAACCUGGCCGAGUGUGCUGGGGACGCCGUGUCCGUGGCCACGCUGGCUGAGAUCUAUGUGGCAGCUGCGCUGAGAGUUAAGACCAGUUUCCCGUGGGCCUUGCGUUUUCUGACUCGCUUCUUCCUGAGUAACGCCCGCCAGGUCUUCCUGGCACAGAGUGGAUCAGUGCCGCUGGCCAUGCAGUGGCUCUGCCACCCUGUGGGCCACCGUUUCUUUGUGGAUGGGGACUGGGCCGUGUGCAGUUCCCCGCGGGAGAGCCUGUACAGCGUAGCUGGGAACCCAGUGGACCCGCUGGCUCAGGUGACUCAGCUGUUCCGUGAACAUCUCUUGGAGAGAGCGCUGAAUUGUGUGGCCCAACCAAGCCCAAGCCCUGGGUCUGCUGACGGGGACAGGGAGUUCUUGGACGCCCUUGGGUACCUGCAAUUGCUGAGCAGCUGUUCUGAUGCUGCCGGGGCUCCUGCCUGCAGCUUCUCCAUCAGCUCCAGCAUGGCUACCACCACCGGCACAGAUCCGGUGGCCAAAUGGUGGGCUUCGCUGACAGCUGUGGUGACUCACUGGCUGCGGCGGGACGAGGAGGCGGCUGAGAGGUUGUACCCACUGGUGGAGCACCUGCCACGGGCCUUGCAGGAGUCCGAGAGACCCCUCCCCAGGGCAGCACUACACUCCUUCAAGGCUGCUCGGGCCCUGCUGGGCCACGGGAAAGUCGAGUCUGCACCCGCCAGCCUGGCAGUCUGUGAGAAGGCCAGUGGGUACCUUCAGGACAGCCUGGCCACCACCACAGCCGGCAGCUCCAUUGACAAGGCCAUGCAGCUGCUCCUGUGUGACCUGCUUCUGGUGGCGCGGACUAGCUUGUGGCAGCGGCAGCAACCACCACCCACAGCGCAGGCCUCUCAGGGGCCCGGGGGCAUCAGUGGUGGGCCCCAGGCCUCUGCCCUAGAGCUCCGGGGCUUCCAGCGGGACCUGAGCAGCCUCAGGCGCCUGGCUCAGAGCUUCCGGCCUGCCAUGCGGAGGGUGUUCCUCCAUGAGGCCACUGCCCGGCUGAUGGCUGGGGCCAGCCCCACGCGAACCCACCAACUCCUGGACCGCAGUCUGAGGAGGAGGGCAGGCCCCUGCGGCAAAGGCGCGACGACGGCGGCGGCGGCGGCGGCGGAGGAGGGAGACCUGGAGCCGCGGCCCACGAGGCGCGAGCACGCCGAGGCGCUGCUGCUGGCCUCCUGCUACCUGCCCCCCGGCUUCCUGUCAGCCCCGGGGCAGCGCGUGAGCAUGCUGGCCGAGGCGGCCCGCACGCUCGAGAAGCUUGGCGACCGCCGGCUGCUGCACGACUGCCAGCAGAUGCUCCUGCGCCUGGGAGGCGGGACGACCGUCACGUCCAGCUAGACCCCUCGGGAGACUCGCGGCAGCCCGCGACGACCAGUUUCCCGGGUCGGAGCCCCGAAACGCUGGUGUCCGCAGCUCCCCCACGGUCGGACCCCUCGCGGGGCACGCCUCCGGGCCUCAACCGCCGCCCCUGGACGGCGGCGUCCUGGAUGGUGCUGACAUCUGGUGGCCGGUCGGGUGAUUGCGGAGGCCGGGGCUGCCCGCUCGUUAUCACCGCCGCAGUUUCCCUUCUCCCGCUGGAGACCAGGGAAAGGGACAGUUCCGAGAGUCUGCUUGGCUGUCCCAGCCCCGCGGGCUCCCGCCCCAAGGCGCCUCCUUCCCUCCGGGAGUACUUGUACAUAGUGUAGAUGUGGUGCACCAGUCUCCUGGCCUCUGAGGCUCGUGUGCUACUUUGCCUUUUGCAAACUUUAUUUUCAUAGAUUGAGUUUUGUACAGAGAGAAUAAAAAAUGAAGUUAUUUAUAAUCUGGGCUUUGUUCCUUCGGUGAGGUGGACGUUUGUU